CUCUCUCUCUCUCUCUCUCUCGGUCUCGCCAUUCUCUUUCUAAAUGCAACAAGCGGUCCCGUACAGCAGCGGCCGGACGUGGUUUGCUCCGACGGCGGCGAGCAACGGCAUCGUCCACGUGACGGACAAAGACCGCCCGUCCCUCGACGGGCCGUCGACGUCGUCGUCGUCGUCGGACGGCGGCGGCAGGGGGAUGAGGAGGCUGGUGGCGGAGAACCCGGUGCUGGUGGUGGGGCGGCAGGGUUGCUGCUUGUGUCACGUGGUGAAGAAGCUGCUGCUCGGGCUGGGAGUCAACCCGGCGGUUUGCGAGGUGGCGGAGGACGCCGAGCCGGCUCUGGUAGAGGAACUGGCGGAGAUCGCCGGCUGCGGCCGCGGCAGCGGCGGAGCUGGUGGUGGGGUUCAACAACCGGUGCUUUUUCCAGCGGUGUUCAUCGGUGGGAGGCUGGUAGGAGGGCUUGAUCGCCUCAUGGCCGUCCAUAUCUCCGGCGACCUCGUGCCAAUCUUAAAGGAAGCGGGAGCUCUCUGGCUCUAAAAUCUCUGCCUUCCGUAGUACUUCAUUUUAUCUUUUUUCUUUCAAUUUCGUUUUUGGUUUCAGUUUUGGAGUGGAUCAGUAUGCUUCUAUCUUUACUAUGGUUUUUUCAUUAAAAAAUAUAUAUAUUUACAAUGAUUUGACGAGUGGAUGGUAGGGUUGGUUGGGAAGGACACAACCAAAAGCUUGAAUAGGUAAGUUGGUGGAGAGGAUCUUUGGCAAAUCUGAGCUUCGAUAUCACGAUCGUUAACCCGUAAGAUGUACGAAACUUAAUCUGAGAGGGGGGGAAAAAAUCAAGAUAUAUCAGACUUACAGGCUACGGUAAUAUUGCAGGAAGGGGCUUUUUGUGAAUUACCAAAUAUUAUGUGCAAAAUAAUAAGGGAUAAUAAAUUUAUGAAUUA